ACUACCCUCCUGGCCCUGGUAGGCAGGGGUGGUCAGCCUGUACCUCUUCUGGGCCCUGGCUAAAGAGUUAUGGCCACCUUGGGAAGUGUCAUACCGUAGGAGAAAGCCUGGCCAGGGAGUCAUUCUGAGGAUCAAGACUGAGGAGAGGAGGGGUGGGAGGUAACUGAGGGCCACCUCCUGAGAGGAGGGCCUAAGACGAGGGAAGGGACAACAGUUUGAUCUAUCCCAACAGGGCCAGCAAAACUACUAAGGCCCUUAACCAUCAUGGCCUUGAAACCUGAGGAUCCUUAUACCGGGUUCCGGCAUAGCUCAGUGGUAGACUUCAUUAAUGAGAAGAUGGCCAGGCAUGUGAAAGGCCCUGAGUUCUACCUUGAAAAUCUGUCUCUGUCCUGGGAGGAGAUAGAAGACAAGAUCAAGGCCAUCCUAGAAGACAGCGAGGUGCCAAGUGAUGCUCAAGAGGCCUGUACCUGGAGCAGCUUGGCCCUGGCUGUGCGAUUAGCUCACCUGCAGGGGCACUUACAGGGGCGCAAGGUGCAGUGGCUGCAUGACUUUAUCAAACUGCACAAGUCAGCCACUCAUGCCUUGGAGUUGGAUCUGAAGCAGCUCACAGAGGAGCAGGAGGUGGAGCGCAAGGAGGCUGCCUUCCAGCUGCAGUUGGCCCAUGCCAAGCUGGCCCAGGCACAGAAAGAGAGAGAGCUGCUGAGAUGGAAGCUUGUGCAGGUGCCUUACACCUAUACCCCCACUGAAUCCCCACUCCCAGAACAUGUCUCAGCCCUGCCCACUUCUCUUCAGGAGCUGAGGGGUCUUUCAGGGCCAGCUGUGGAGGAGCCAGACCUGGCUGCUGUUGGAGAGGUGGAGAUACUAGGAGCAGGUGAGAAGCAAGAGGUGGAAGGAGCUGAAGCUAGUGCUACAGGUGGAGGAAAAGAAGGAGAAGAAGAGAUGGAUGUGAUUAGCACAGCCCCAGAGGAGGAUCUAAGUGAUAGUGUCCUGCAGUUUCUUGGAGUUGUCCAGCAGAAAAAUUACACCUCUGCUACAGAGAGGGAGGGUAAUACUAGGCCUAUAGAAAAACCUACGCUUUGUCUCUCUGGGACCCCGAAGGCCGCAUCCACAGCCUCACCGGAUCCCCUACCUGUCCAGCUCCCUGCCUCUUUCACAUACAGCUACUCAAGCCCUUUGUCCUGUUUCCCAGCUGCAUCCUCCCCACCUCCACUAGCAGCCACGAUCACAGCACCUGUUCCACCUGAGGUGUCCUCCCACUACUCAGCCUCUGAUUUCAGCUUGUGGUCUGAUGUGUGGGCUCAAGGAGUAGACCCUCAAGAACACCAGAAAAAGAAGAGAGACUUGGAACUCCAGCAGCAGAGAAAAAGUCCAUUUUUUCGCAAGCCUGGGGAUUGGAACUGCCCUUGGUGUAAGGCCAUGAAUAUCUCACGAAGGGAAAAUUGCUUCCGCUGCAGGAGGGGAAUCUGGUUGCAAAGCCCUUAGUAA